GUUAUCCCGUCUUUGGCCGUCCUUCUCUUCUCUUUACCUCGUCUGUUUAGUUGUAUUCUGCGCGAGAAGUGCUCUCGUCCUUCUCCUCCUCUUCUUCUCCUCCCAAAAGUAGUCUACAUUCCACUACUUCGCCCGCUUUGUUGUCCUCCUCCUCCUUCCUUAUCAUCUCCUCCUCGCAGCAAUGAUCGCCUCCUACGCGUUCAUCUCCCAUUCUCCCUCAACCUACCCCCAUCGCGAGCCCGAAAUCGACAACGCGCCUCUUGCCCGUCGCAAGCGCAGACGCACCUCGCCCAACGAGCUCCAGAUCCUCUACUCCGAGUUUGAGCGCUGCGCCAAACCGCCCCGUCAUGUCCGGCAAGACAUUGCUGAGCGUGUUGGCAUGACCGAGAAGGCUGUCCAGAUCUGGUUCCAGAAUCGGCGACAGUCCUCCCGUCGGGCGCUGCAACAACAAAAGAAGCCAAGGAACCAGCGACCCGCGCCCGCGUCCGCCUCGUCAUCUCUCUCGAGCGUCCCCGACUCUUCCUCGCCCGCCUCGCUCUCCGAGUCGCGCUCUUCUCAACCUUCGUCCUCCUCCCCCGGCCCAGAGUCGCCCUCCUCAUCCGCAUCCGCCUCACAUCUAGCGUACCUCCCCUUCCCGCAAGCAGACUCCUCCUCCUCCCCCGCCGUCCCGCGCUCGAUGCCGAUCUCUCUGCCUCCCAUUUCUCAGGCAAAGGGCGUGCUCACUCCUUCCAGCGCCUCAUUCACAAACGUCAUGUCCAUGGCCGCCAUCACCCACGCCACACCUUCUGCAUCCACGCCGACCGAGCCUGCCAUUCCCAACGCCCUCGCCGCCUCCACCGCUGACAAAGUGCAGCUGCCGCCGCUGCGAUCUGCCGUCGCUUCUUCCAAGUCUGCUGCCCCGCCUUCAAAUUUGCGGUUAGCCAUGUCUGUUGACGGAAAGGCCAAGGUCGUCUUUGGCGAACUAGACGGCGACAAGAGCAUAAAAGAGGAGUCUAAUGGCAAAGAGAAUCUCGCUGCUAUUUCCGCCCCCACCACCACCGCAUCUACCACCACCUCAUCUGCCGUCGAGACCUCGACCCCUACUCUACCCUCCGUCGCCUCAUCAGUCGCGAUGAUGACCACGCAGUCCGACCCUGCCAUCUCUGAAUACGAGUGUGUGCAGAACCUGCUGCAGCUGCGACGAGGCACUUGGAUCUAAAACCACGCAUUGAAUCGUGUACUUUUUUCUGUCUUUCUCAAGCAUGUCUUUCUCAAGCAUCGAGCAUAAAAAAGCAGAACCCUGGUGUUUGCCUGUAUUUUCUGCACUUCUGUUUUUUUUGGUUUGACGUUUUUGUUGUCGUUCUUGUUCGUUUAUAUGAUAUCACGUCGAGUGUACGAAAGUGUGUAGCAGUAGUAUUCUAUGUUUCCGUUUAGACAUUUCAUUUCUCCAUCCUUUUUGUUAUUCACAGGCAAUUGACCAACAAAUUGUCUUUUCCUCUACCGUUUGUUUGUUUUUUGGUGUCUACAGUUAAUCGUCUAAUUAAACGCAUCUCUUUACUUUAACAUCUCUAAUCAGGCGCAUUGACGCUUCUUCAUCCCACGUGACUUCCCGGCUGGGCUGGCUGCCUCCUCGAGCCGCGUCUCGCCUGAAGUUCGACGGUAA